UCGCAGUUAGCGACUGGGUGGGUUAGUCGAGAGUCGGCCGUCGUGCGGUGAUAUUCGAGGCUUUUCCUCGCCGAGUGUCGGUAGACUUCUGCGCAGCCAGCGAUCUUGAUCAACAUUUCGCAGUCGCAGUGCAGCUGGAUCGAUCCUAAGUGACCAUGAGCGGCUGCCGUGUGUUCAUCGGGAGGUUGAAUCCAGCAGCCAGAGAGAAGGACGUGGAAAGGUUUUUCAAGGGUUAUGGACGGAUUCGAGACAUUGACCUGAAAAGAGGCUUUGGAUUUGUGGAGUUUGAAGAUCCAAGGGAUGCUGAAGAUGCAGUGUAUGAGUUGGAUGGAAAAGAACUUUGUAGUGAACGAGUUACGAUUGAACAUGCCAGGGCCCGUUCUAGAGGUGGAUCUAGGCAGAGGGCUUAUUACUCUGAUCCAAGCUUUAGUAGCCUACCUAAUCACCUAAAUGAUAGAAGAAAUGCUCCACCUGUAAGGACAGAAAAUCGACUUAUUGUAGAAAAUUUGUCAUCCAGAGUCAGCUGGCAGGACCUCAAAGACUUCAUGAGGCAAGCUGGGGAGGUAACCUUUGCAGAUGCACAUAGACCUAAAUUAAAUGAAGGGGUGGUUGAGUUCGCCUCUUAUAGUGAUUUAAAGAAUGCCAUUGAAAAACUUUCUGGGAAAGAAAUCAAUGGAAGGAAAAUUAAACUAAUUGAAGGCAGCAAAAGGCACAGUAGGUCAAGGAGCAGGUCUCACUCUCGUAGUAGGAGCUCCUCACGGUCUUCCAUCUUCACCGGCACCUGCCCUGCAUCCAGUCGCAGUCGUAGCAAAGUCACGCUCAGCAGUAGACUUCCGUCCCCGAGAAAAGAGCCAGAAACGUACUUCUUCAAGUAGAUCCAAGUCUCCAGCUUCUGUUGACCGACAGAGAUCUCGCUCAAGGUCGAGGUCUGUGGACAGUGGCAACUGAACCAUAAGUUGUCCUGGGGACUCUUAAAACCAUACUUGCUAAAGUUAUGGUAAGGAUGUGACUUCUGGGGCAGAGAAUGAGUGGGGGAGGGAGUGGGAGUUAACAGCCUUGUAUAUGUGGACCACAAGUUAUUGAACUAAUUGUAUUGUCUUUUUGAUAAUCUUUUUCCUGCUCACUUCAUUAAGUCAGAAGUGUAUAGCUUUGUGUAUAUUGGUAGAGCUCUUUAUAAAGAACUAAUAUUUUGUACUUUAAAAAACCUGACUUCUGAACUUUUAGUUCUAUGUGUAUUCUAGUAAUUGGCAUUUCAGGGUGUUCAAUGUUUGAAACUGAUUACAGAGCUCUAUACAGGCUGUUAAUAAAGCUUUAUUUCAGAAUUUUUGUUUGAUGCAUUGUUUGCCUUUUUAACCAAAUCCUCAGUUGUUAAUAAAUUUAUUCAAAAA